CAUUUUGGUAUAACCUAAAACCAAUACAGAUUCCACUCCUCUUUGAGUAUUGUGUGUGUGUGUGUCUAAUACUUUUUAGAAAGAGAAAAAGAGCAAGUAUGGGGAGGGGAAGAGUGGAACUGAAAAGAAUAGAGAACAAGAUCAACCGGCAAGUUACUUUCUCUAAGAGGAGGAAUGGUUUGCUCAAGAAAGCUCAUGAACUUUCUGUGCUUUGUGAUGCUGAGGUUGCUCUCAUCAUUUUCUCAAGUCGUGGCAAGCUCUAUGAUUAUGGAAACGUUGGAAUAACCAAAACACUAGAGCGAUACCAGCAAUCUUGCUUCACUCCUCAAGAUAACAGCAUUGAACGUGAAACACAGAGCUUUUACCAAGAGUAUGCAAAGUUGAAGGCUAAAUAUGAUUCUCUUCAGAUCACUCAAAGGCAUUUGCUUGGAGAAGAUCUUGGACCAUUGAGCGUCAAAGAGUUGCAAAGCCUUGAGAAGCAGCUUGAAGGAGCUCUGCAACUAGCUAGGCAAAGGAAGACACAAAUUAUGAUCGAAGAAAUGGAAGAACUUCGCAAAAAGGAGCGCCACCUUGGAGACCUCAAUCAACAGCUUAAGAUUAAGCUUAACGAGGAAGGACAUACUCUUAAGGCUAUUCAAACCAUAUGGGGCUCUACUUCAGCUGCUGGAAAUAGCAACUUUGUUUUCCAUCCUUCUCCACUCAACCCCCUGGAGUGUCAGACUGAACCUGUCUUACAAAUAGGGUUCAAUCACUAUGCUCAAGAAGGAUCGUCUGCUCCAAAGAGCAUGUCUAAUGAAGGCAACUUCAUUCCAGGAUGGGGUCUUGCAACACCCUUCAAAUUCUAAAAGUAUAAUUUGCCUUAAUAAUGUGUAUGGCAUUUGUGUUGGGAUUUAUAUAUACUUGUUUACGUCUUUACAAGAUAUUAUGACUUUAUGAGAGAUGCUUA